GUUGUCCACUCCUAUCUUCGCUUAGAUGUGACCAUCCCUCUCGGGAGAUCUGACUUGGCCACCCGUGUGGCAGAUUGUGCUUUGAUCUUCUUCCGUCACAAUGCAAUCUGCUUUGUCCGGCCACAUUGUCCGACAAACCAGGCAGUCUUGCAACUGCAUAUAAGGGCCUCGCCGCUCGAUAGCUUUGGGCAGAGAUCGGAUACGCAUCUUUCCCCGCUCUUUCCUUCCUUUAUACGACCAUCCGUCGUCUGCCGCAAAACCGAAAAAAAAACAUUAUCCAAAAUGUCGCACCAUCUGCCGUGCACGCCUCCCCGCCGAGUCAAAAGGCCACGCCUCCCUCGUCGAGAAUCGGGCGAGCCACUCCUGGCUCGCACAGACAGCCUCGGUGACUCGUCGCAACAGCGCAGUGGCGCACCGAUCCUGAGCACCGACAGCAUGGACGAAAGCGAAAGCGAGAUGUCUGUGUGGCUCGCAGACGGAGAACCAGCCUUCGAGUAUGCCACUCCCCAGCAUUCUCCUUCGCGGUUCGGCACCAAGCCGCCCAGCCCUCCGUUCGCCCGCACGAACGCUGUCGCCCCCUUCCUGCUGUACGAGAACCUCGCGCAGGAGCAGUCGUCCCCCUCGCCACCGCGGAAGGCGACACGCCCAUCGCGCAUGUCCAAGAUCGGGAACAUCGUCGCGGCGCGGAUCCAGGCAAGGGCGAAGGCGUGUGACUCGACGUUCACCCGGCCGUGGAAGCGGGUCGCCUCGACGUCGAGCAUCCCGGCGCCGCCGGCCUCCUCGCCGCCGCGGGUCAAUCGCGAGUGGAAGACGAUCCCCGGCCGACGGGGUACCGUGCGUACCCAGGAGGCGUCGACGUCGACGACCAUGGAACCAAGGAGGCCGCGUCGGCGGUACGGAUCGGCGUCGCCGAAGAAGAGCCCCGCGAAGAUCACCGCGGAGACCAAGGCUCGCAUCAUGAAGGACCUCGCGCCCAAGUCUGUCCGAGUCUUGGGCCAGCCGUUCAAUCUCAAUGCCUGAGUUGGAUUUGGCUUGAGCUCCCGAGCUGUCUGUGCGUCGUCUUCGUGGGGGCCUGCGUGUACACUGGUGCGACUUCGAGUCGGACAUUCUCUCUGUUCUGGUAAACGACGGAACGACUUAUCAGAAUGUAGCUUUACCGUCCUUUUAGUUGUAUCAGUCGACACGAUCCUUACGUUGCUGUACGUUCAUGAAUGUAGGUAAUAAUCUUCUUUCACGAUCUAGUAAAGUCCUGUGUCCUGUCAAUGCCGCCAACGCCUGUCUGUAGUAGUAUUCGUAACGCGGGUUAACAAUGAAAUGUAUGCAAUCACUGAGAUAUAGC